CGUAACCCGUCUGCUCUCUGCUGCUGCUCUCUGCACAUGAAUGUCAGUUCGUCGGUUCUGAAAAUGUCGUUCAUAAACCUAACAAAAAGUUGUACUAGAGGCCUAGCAACGUCAGUAGCUAGAAUGGCGACAAUUAAAAAUGUUACAAUUAUUGGAGGAGGACAGAUGGGUGCUGGAAUUGCUCAGGUUGCUGCACAAACUGGUCACCGUGUUGUAGUUGUGGAUCAAUCCGAUGAAAUCCUGUUGAAAUCUGUUGCUGGAAUUCAGAAAAGUUUGGCCAGAGUUGUUAAAAAGAAAUUUGCAGAUGAUCCUUCUGGUGGUGAGAGCUUUUUGAAAACAACGAUGGCUCAGAUUUCCACGGCAACUGAUGCAGAAUCCGCUGUCAAGGAAGCUGACCUUGUGGUUGAAGCAAUCGUAGAGAACAUCAAGAUCAAACAAAAUCUCUUUGAAAAACUUGAUAAAGCCGCACCACAAAACACAAUUUUUGCAAGUAAUACAUCAUCUUUAGCAAUUUCGGAAAUAGCACAAACAUCUCAAAGGAAAGACCGGUUUGGUGGAUUGCAUUUUUUUAAUCCUGUACCUGUGAUGAAGUUAGUAGAGGUAGUAAGGAUAGAUGAAACAAGUGAUGAUACUUUCAAUAGUUUAGUUGCUUUUGGGCAAGCUGUAGGCAAAACCACAGUCUCUUGUAAAGACACUCCUGGAUUUAUUGUUAAUCGACUACUUGUUCCUUACCUUAUGGAAGCUGUCAGGUUAAUGGACAGAGGUGAUGCCAGUGCCCGUGAUAUUGAUGUUGGUAUGAAAUUAGGAGCAGGUCAUCCAAUGGGUCCCUUUGAACUACUUGAUUAUGUUGGUCUUGAUGUCACCAAGUUUAUUAUGGAUGGCUGGCAUAAAGAUUUUCCAGACAACCCACUCUUCAACCCUAGCCCUUCAAUAGAUAAGCUGGUUGCUGAAGGGAAACUUGGUGUAAAAACUGGAGAAGGUUUCUACAACUAUAAGAAAUAAAAUCUGAUUGUCAAGCAAAACAACAACUGAAAAGAUAUAAAUUAUUUGUUUUGAUUGUCGGAAUUAGAUGUGCAGUGUUAAAAGCAAUACAUGUUCGUCGAUCAAUGGAUGUUUUAUCAGACAGUACAUCGUAAUACAAAGACUUCAUCACCAAAUUAAAAAUCAAAUAAUUAUAUUUAUUUCCACCUGGUAUAUGACAAUUUUGAUGUAUCGUAAGUGGAUAUAAAUUAAAAGAAAAUAUUAUUCGGACA